AUGGCGCCCAAGAAGAAGCGCGGACAAAACGCUGGGCGCAAGCAGGAAAGUGCGGAGCAACCGCUCUCCGAGCGCGCGCAGUACUUACAGCGCGAGUACGCGAUGCUCUCAGAGAGCAUGGUGGCCUGUGAGCAGCGGAUAGACGAGGUGCUGCAGAACAAUGCCUUCCUGAACAGCGAGGCGCAGCGCCUGCGCGAAGAGAACCGGCUCUUUGCCAGUUACGUGAGCGCGCACGCCCUGCGCUGCGCCAACGCCGUCGUGCGCCUCGAGGACCAGAACCGCAUAGACCUGGCGCAGAUCCGGUGGCAGCGGGCGGAGCUGGCGUCGUUCUACCACGGCCGUGAGGACGGCGUGCGCGCACAGCUGCAGGACAUGAAGAAGCGCGCGGAAGAUAUGACGCAGCAGGUGCAGGAGCUUCAGCCCUACAAGGAGCUGCAGCUGGAGCACCUGGCGCGAAUCCGGACACUGGAGCGCGAGCUGCUGCACAUGCGCGUGGAACACACGCAGCUCCUCCACCGGGUGAAGCGACGCUUCCUGGAUGACAAGUCGGCUUUCGAGCGGGAGGCACGCAUACACGUGCAGUCCCUGACGCGCCGAGCCGAGCGGGAGGCAGCGCGGUCCCUCAUUUCCCACGCCCAGGCCCUCAAGGCAGACAAUGGGCGUCUCCGACAAGAACUCAUGAGGCUUCUCCAGAGGGCCCAGUUACUGCAGGACAUGCGACAGCAGCUGCUAGAGCAGCGAGAGCAGCUGCGCCGGGAGCACGUGGACAUGCAGAACCUGGAGCAAAUGCACGGCUGGUUGCACAGGGGCCCCGGGGGGCCACCACUCUGGCAGCCACCACAAAGCCAACAACCCAACCUGCGCAUCGGCUCAAUUACCACCGUGCUGGACUCAACCUAUCACAUUUUAAGAGCCCAGGCUACACCCCAAUCAGCUCCAGCCUCCCGGGCCCCAUCCAUGGAUCAGUCACGCCGAGCCUCCAAGACUCCAUCUAUAUUGUCCAGUGAGUCCGUUCCCGGCCGGUCUCUGAAGGCUGGGUCUGUGAUUGCUCCCCGGAGUACAUCACGUUCAGGAUCUGGAGUCCCAUCUCUGACUCAGUCGCAGAGGGGCUCGAGGGUCUCAUCCGUGAUCCCGUCACGCAAGGGCUCCAGGGUUCCAUCCAUGACCCCAGGUCCCUUGCGAUCGCGUGAGGGCUCUCGGAUCUCUCCACAGCCCUCCGUGCGUGAGGUCUCUCCAGAAAUUGACACACCUUCAAAGUCCAGCUCCAAGCUUAUCACAGUCUUAUCGGAAGAUCAGAUCCCUCUCAGCCCACAGUUGGAGGAGACAGAAAACAUUGAAGAUGGCACAGAAACUGUCUUAGAGCAAGCCUAAACCGACACGAGGGGGCAGGCCGGUAGGGCACAGUAAGAAACUUGGAGAUUUCUUGGUGCAUAAAUAUGUUAAAAGUGUAAAAUAAACUGUGUGAUGCUCUGGCA